ACCGCGCACCAACAACUCAGAUUCCCAGAACAAAACAAUUACAAAAGGCAUUGAUACGAACCAAGCGCCGCCGUCCGUGCUAUCUUAGAACAGAACAGACCAACCAUACCCAAUUCCUAUUCAUAGACCCAGGCCCUCCCGCUCCGAGGUCCAGCCCGUACGCCUUUGUGUACUACAUCAUGGGCAGUGUACAGUACAGUAUGCGUUCGGGCGAGGGCAAUGCAUACCGAGACAAUGAUAACGAUGCGAAUGAUCACGAACGGAUCUCAUAUCUACGAGUAUACAUAGUAUCGGGACGGUCUUGCCAGCCGCACAGAUCAGUGCUUUUAACGUGUGAUGACUAGUAGUGUUAAUUUUAAUGUGACGAGUGGCGGGUGCAGUUGCGGGAGGGGUCGGUGCCGGUGCAGGAGUACGUUGAAGGUUGAGGCAGGGGCUGAGAUUGUCAAUGUUGUUCUGGGUUGGAUCUAGACGUUGACGUUGGCAUUGACCCGUUGACCCGCCAACAUGAACCCACUAACGUACAAAGCCAAGAGAAGGGAAGGGAAGGGAAGGCUCUACUUACACCUUGAAUGAUGAUCCAUGAUCCAUGAUCCACGCUGACCGUUCCAGGCUCCACCACCACCCGACUCCCCCACCGUGGCUGUUCGUUCUCUCGUAAUCCCCAAGCCCAGGCCCAGUAAAGUACCCAAACUCACACUCACAUCCACAGCAAGCUGUCAAGACGUCGAGUGCUCAAACGUGUUCGUGUUCGCGUUUUAGGCUGAUCUGAUCAGCCAAACUAGCAGGCGGGAAUCAGGGUGUAUUGCUGGCAGGACGCGCAGGGAGUCCAGGACCAGGACGGGGCAGGUUAUGAAAUUGGGAGGGAGCGAGAUGAUGAGAUCCAGGCAAGUGGAAUACGUGAGUUGGAAUGUAGGACGUAAAAUAGAGUAAUGCGUUACACUUGUAUCCCCGGCCCUCCCAUCCGAACUCCCCAAACCAUGAAAGGUUGGCAAUGUUAACAUUCGCAUGAUGCAAUCAUACGAUCAUGACACCGUGCAGGGCUGAUGACGCAGGGUGACCGCAGUUCCGUGAAGCUCGUGAAGGGCUUUGAAGGGUAUCAUGGUCUGAAUGUGCGAAUGCCUUCAUUGCACCCAUGGCAUCAGAACGUCGGAAGGCGAAAGGCGUCUAUAGGCAUGGACGUUCCUUUAUUUGGUCCCCGAGUGAUGGGAGGUUGCGGUUCAGAUCUGAGAACGUUGGGAAGUCGCAAUCCUGAGAAGCCGGGAAGUUGGGAAGUUGGGAAGCCCGAGUGCGUCUCAGGGGCGAGACAGAAAUAGGAAAAAUGUGGGCAUCGUGGCAAAUAGAAGGCGUAGUGGUGGGUGAUAAGUGAUAACCCAGAUAACCGUUCGAUAAACGCGACGCCGCAGUCAACGUUCGACGAGCUUCAACGCCAACUUUAGGGCCAUCGCCAGCCCAUAGCCGGACGCUGACAUCGACGCGCGUUCCACCCGAGUACGGCGGAU